GAGGGGCGGCCCUUGUAAGAUGAGCUGGAACAGGAAGGCUGGCGGGGGUGGGGGGGGUGGAAGCCAGGCAGAUUUCCUGUGCAUGGAGCGCCUACGACCCAGGAGGGAAGGGCAGGGGGACAUGGGCAAGGCAGCCACCCUCACGUAGGAGGUAAGGGGCUGGGGGAGCCCAGCGGGGCAGAGCCGCCACCGCUCCACUCUCGGGAGGAAAGUCCCUGGGCCAGUCAGCAGGGGGCAGCAGCAUCCGCCUGCCCAGGGCACCCCAAAGCCCCUCCGUCCAAACUGGCCCUUCCGGGAAGCCAUGCCUAAACAGUGGGGCCCCGGCUAACAGAGGGGGGGUGGCACUGCAGAGCCUGGAGGCUGAGGGGGAGGGCCGUGCCCUGCCUGGCAGCUGGGUGCAGCCUCUGGGCCCCCCCAGCCCUGCCCUUUCAGUCACAGUGGCCGCUUGUUCUCCGGGUGGGCGGUGGAGCUGCUGGGCUGGCACGAAAGAAAGGCCCCUAUUCUUUUCACAGCUGGCCCAGGAGAGCGGCAUCUGCUGACAGAGGGGCCGGAGGAGUGAGCCUGCUGCCCUCACACACACACACCCCACACCCCACACCCUGCCUCAAAAGCAGCCCGAGAGCCUGCUGGCGUCGAGCUCCAUGGGAAGCCCAGUUUGGGGGUCUUUGCUCUGAAGCCACACCACCAGGGGGACCUCGGGAGGGGGGGGCUGCCCGCCCGCACAGGGGGCCUGGGGCAAUGCAGGACAAGCUGCACAUCCUGGAGGAUCUGAACAUGCUCUACAUCCGGCAGAUCGCCCUCAGCCUGGAGGGCACAGACCUCCAGAAGAAAAUUGACCAUGAGAUCCGCAUGCGGGAGGGGGCCUGCAAGCUGUUGGCGGCCUGUACUCAGCGGCCGCAGGCGCUGGAGGUGACGAAGAGCCUGCUGGUCUGCAACAACCGAAUCCUGGCCUAUAUGGCGGAGCUGCAGCGCAUGAAGGAGGCGCAGGUGAUGCAGCACAUGGCUCGGCGUCCUUCUGAGGCUGGAUCCACGGACAGUCGCUUACCAUGUCGGGGCCGAAUCUGUGUCUCGGAUCUACGGAUCCCCCUGAUGUGGAAGGACACUGAAUAUUUCAAGAACAAGGGGG